AUGGGCAUUGCUAGGCUCCGAUCUGCCUUCCGGCGGUCCUCGACCCAGGAGAGUGUUACUCCCGUCGCUGUGAAUACAGUUGGUGAAAAGAAUGGCGAGCUUCCCACCGAUCCGGAGACUGCCAUGCCAGCUACCGCAGACAACCCGAACGUUCCUACCGAAGAUAUCCAGCAGGGUGUCAAAGAUGUCGAGGCUGUGACUUUGAGUUGGACCAAGGGCAUGCUGAUUGCUGUCUUCGCCAACAUCUGGUUUCUCUACUUCGUUAAUGCUAUGCAAUCAUCUAUCUGUGGAAGUUUGCUCGGCUAUGUCACCAGUGACUUCGAAAGCCACUCGCUACUUAACGUCAUUUACAUUGUCGCAAACGCCAUGACAGCCGCCGUAUACAUUCCUACUGCCAAGGCCAUGGACGUUUGGGGCCGUGCUGAAGGUUUCCUGGUCAUGACCGUGUUUGCUACGCUCGGUCUGAUCCUGAUGGCUGCGUGCAGCAACCUGCCCACUUUCUGCGCUGCCUACGUCUUCUAUAGCAUUGGUUUCGGAGGAAUGACAUACUGUGUUGAUGUCAUUACCGCUGAUAUUUCCAAGUUGAAGAAUCGAGGAUUGGCAUACGCCUUCACCUCCUCUCCCUACAUUAUCACGGCAUUCGCUGGCCCCAAGGCCGCCGAGGGCUUUUACGAGGAUAUCAGCUGGCGAUGGGCCUUUGGUACAUUCUCCAUCAUUUUCCCUAUUGUGGCUUCUCCUCUGUUCUUCAUCCUCAAGAGCAACCUGAGGAAGGCCAAGCAGACGGGACUUCUGGAAAAGGUGCCCAGCGGCCGCAACCUCUUCCAAAGCAUUUGGCAUUAUUCAAAGGAGUUUGAUCUGUUUGGUGUCCUCGUGUUCUCCAUCGGCCUCACUGUCUUCCUUCUUCCAUUCAGCAUUGCCACCUACGCUCCCAAUGGCUGGGCAUCCGGCUACAUCAUCGCCAUGAUCGUUGUUGGGUUCGUUAUGCUUAUCGUCUUUAUUACUUGGGAGUUCAAGUUCGCUCCCACGCCUAUGUUCAAUUUCAGUCUGUUGACAGACCGCACUAUCAUUGGUGCUUGCUUGCUUGACGCAACCUACCAAUUGUCUUACUACUGCUGGAACAACUACUACACGUCCUUCUUGCAGGUGGUCAACGAUCUCACCAUCGCCGAGGCUGGAUACGUCAGCAACACCUUCGACGUGGUCUCCGGAUUCUUGUUGCUCGGUGUUGGUUUCCUGAUUCGCCGCACUGGUCGCUUCAAGUGGCUUCUCUACAUUGCCGUUCCUCUGUACAUCUUCGCUCAGGGACUGAUGAUCUACUUCCGCCGUCCUAACCAGUCUGUUGGCUACCUUGUUAUGUGCCAGAUCUUCAUCUCUAUUGGUGGAUCUGUGUUCAUCAUCGUCGAGCAGCUUGCUAUCUUGGCCGCUGCCGACCACCAGCAUGUUGCUACUGUUCUUGCUCUUCUGAACGUCGUCGGCACUGUCGGUGAUGCUGCUGGUUCCACCAUCUGCGCGGCAAUCUGGACCAACACCUUCUACGGCGCCCUUCAGAGCAGACUGCCGGAGUCUGCUAUUGGUGACAUUGAUAACAUCUACGAGAACCUUGACAUUCAAGUCGGCUACCCUGUCGGAUCCCCCGCCAGAAUUGCUAUCCAGGAGGCCUACGGAUACUCACAGACAAGAAUGCUUGCUGUUGGAACUGGUAUCAUGGGUCUGAGCAUCUUCUGGGCUCUCAUGAUCAGAAACAUCGACCUGAGGAAGGUUGCCCAGGUCAAGGGUGUUGUCUUCUAA